UUCCGUAUUUAUUUCAGCAGUACGUACGUACCGCCAGCAGCUGGCUCAACUUUUCGUUCGGUCGGAUUUUGUAUUAUUUUAUUGAUAUGAAUUAAUUUAGUUUAACACAAUUGCUAAAUAGUAGUCCAUAAGAUUGGGAUAAUAAAAUAAUACUGUCGCCAUGAACACUCCUAAUAAACGUCGAAGCACGAUGGAAGAUAACAACAAGCCGAAGAGAGUAAAGAAAGAAUGUAGUUAUGGUGAAAAAUGCUAUAGGUUGAAUCCGGCUCAUUUCCGCGAGUUCAGCCAUGCCCAUUUGGAGUCAAUCCUGGACAACUACAGUGGUUCCGGAGAAUUUCCCAUUCCGGACAAGUAUGUUCACCAAAAGCAUAUGGUUUCGGAUCAACUGAAUGUUAUUAUUGAGAAAAAGUUUUAUGAACCAGCUGAAAUCCAGAAAAGCGAUAAUACAAAACCACAGAGUGAUACACCUGAACAAAGUAGUUCUAAAGGUACAGGUUAUAGUGAAGCUGAACAGCAAGACAGAAAAGUGGUCAAGCCGGAGAGUGAUCCUAAAAACGGAGAAAGUACAAGCAGUAGUUUAAAAGUUGAGAAGUUGAGUGAGAAGAGGAAGUCUCCCACGAACAUGGAAAAACAGAGUACUAAAUCAAGCACCGACUACCAACCCAUAGUGGAGCCUAGCAGGCGUCCAGAGAGUUUCCUGAAGGUGGUGCUCCCGAAAGGCAACAUGCUGGCCAAGCACGCCGCCAGCGCGCCCUACCACAUAUUCUACACGACCAUAGCGGACGCGAAAGAGACGCACAGUCAGCCUUACUCUAUCACGUUCUUAGAAAUACUAGACCGCAGUUUGGGUGAACUCAAAUGCUCGUUACAAAUAAACUUUAUGGUCGAAAUCGGUUGGCUGUUGGCGCAGUACUACUUUGCCGGUUACAGCAACAAAAAGCUGACUAUACUCUAUGGCGAGGAAAUGGAAGAUUUGAAGACCAUUAACAAGAAGAAGCCGCACGUGGAUGCGCAUUAUGUGUCUAUGCCCACUCCAUUUGGCAAACAUCAUACAAAAAUGAUGAUACUGUGCUACGAAGAUGGAUCUUUGAGGGUAGUUAUAUCCACGGCAAAUCUUUAUUUGGAUGACUGGGAGAACAGGACUCAGGGGCUCUGGUUCAGUCCAAACUGCCCGGAACUGCCCGCGGACGCUAUGCCCUUCGAAGGGGAUUCCCCCACCGGUUUCAAGAAGAGCCUGCUGCGGUACCUCAACCACUACCACAUGCCGCACUUGGCGUGGUACAUCGAGAGGGUGAAGCGGUGCGACUUCAGCCAUAUCAACGUGUUCCUAAUAGCGUCGGCCCCUGGCUCCCACUUCGACCUGGACUGGGGCAUGACCCGCGUCGGGGCUCUGCUGCGGCAGCACUGCUGCGUGCCCCCCGACGAGAACAGGAAGUGGCCGCUCGUAGCCCAGGCCAGCAGUAUUGGCAGCUAUGGUAAAGAGCCUAAGCUGUGGCUGACCGGCGACUUCCUCCACCACUUCACCAAGAUAAAGAACCAGUCGCAGCUGUUGUCCACGCCGCCGGAGCUGAAGGUCAUCUAUCCGUCACUGGAAAACGUCCGUCAGUCACACGACGGUCUGCUCGGCGGCGGCUGCCUGCCUUACGCUGCGGACGCGCACGCUAAACAAACAUGGCUGAAAGAUUAUCUAUACCAAUGGAAAGCAACGCGCAGCUACAGGAACCGCGCGAUGCCCCACAUAAAGUCGUACAUCCGGCCGUCGCCGGACCACAAAAUGGCCGCCUACUACCUGCUGACAUCCGGCAACGUCAGCAAGGCGGCGUGGGGCUCCGUCAACAAGGGCAACUCCGCGCUGAGGCUCAUGAGUUACGAAGCUGGCGUCUUGUUCCUGCCCAGAUUUGUGAUUAACGAAGACUUCUUCCCGCUGGAUCUGAACGCGGACAAUCCCCUGGUGGUCCCCUACGACCUCCCUCCAACGAAGUACACGGAUGACAUGACGCCGUGGGUGUCAGACUAUCUGCGAUAGUCGAUGCCUACCCCUCCGGGAAAGAAGCGUGAUUUAAGUAUGUAUUUUCUCCAUGAAUCGUCAUUCUCCUGGCAUAGUCCUGGUGGCAUCCCUACCGCUCUCGAGUACGUGUAUAAGGUAAUCACACGCAGCUACUCCCGUCUGACCUCCGCAACCUUUGCAGGGGAACCUGACACACCUUGGAUCAUGAUUACCAUAUCUAGUUACCUUAUUGAGCAGGUAUAUGUACUUAUAAUGUUAUUCCAUUAUUUCUUUUUUUGCGCCAAAACCAAUCGAAACACUCACAUUUUAAGUAUUAUUUAAUUCUUGUUCUUUACUUGGUUUGCAAGAUUGAAUCCUGCACACCCUGGUGUUCCAAUCGUACCGUAAUUUUUUUAUUGUGAUCGCCAUAAAAUGGAAUUACAUUGUUUGUUAAGUAAUUGAUUAACAGUUACAUCUCUGCUUAUACAUAUG